AUGGCCUUUGCAGCCUACCUGGCCGACCUCCACACAGAGGCCAGCUGCCCCAUCUGCCUGGAUUACCUGAGAGACCCUAUCACCACUGACUGUGGCCACAACUUCUGUCGCUCCUGCAUCCAACAGUGCUGGGUAGACCUACAGGACAUCUUCCCCUGUCCAGUCUGCCUCCAACAGUGUUCCAAUGGGAGCCUCAAGAGGAACACUCAAUUAUGUAACAUGACUGAUAUUGUUAAGCAACUUCCCAUCACAAGGAGCAAGAGGAAACUGCAGGAAGAGAAACCCCUGUGUGAGAAGCACAACCAGACGAUGGCCUUGUUCUGUGCAAAAGACCUGGAACUACUGUGUCCCCAGUGCAGAAUCUCCUCCAACCACCAGGAUCACCACCUGAUGUCCAUUGAGGAAGCUGCAACUAGUCACAGGAGAAAGCUCAAAAAGUAUAUUGAGCCUCUAAGGAAGCAUGUUGGGGAUGCUGAAAACGGGUUAGAAAUGGCAGUCUCAAAACUAGUGGAAUUGAAGUGCAAGGUAGAAAAUCAGAAUAGUGAAUUACACUCAGAAUUUCAACAGUUUGUGCAUUUCUUGGCCAAGGAGCGGGAAGCAAUUCAUGUUAGGCUACUAAAUGAAGAGGAGGAUGUUCUUAAAAAACUAAUUGAAAACAAAAUCCAAAUUUCAGACCACACUUCCACACUAAAAAAUCUGUUAAGUGAAAUAACAGAGAAGUGUGUGCAGGCAGACCUGGAUUUACUGACAGGUAUUGGAAGUAUCCGCAACAGAUAUGAACUCCUAAAAAACCCCACAGUGUUUUCAUAUGAGUUAGAGAGGGAGCAUUGCUGUCUCCCUCCACAAUAUUUUGGUCUGCAAAAUAUGAUUAACACAUUUCAGGUAAAUUUAAUACUAGAUCCUGAAACUGCCCACCCUGAUCUUAUUAUCUCAGAAGAUAGAAAAACUGUAAUAUAUAAAAUGAUGAACCCAAACUGCCCUCAGAGUGCCAGGGAAUUUAACGUUUACCCAUCUGCCUUGAGUUCUGAAGGAUUUGAUAGUGGCAGGCAUUUUGGGCAGGUAGAAGUAAGAGGGCGAGGUGAAUGGUCCUUAGGUGUGUGUAAAGAAUCUUUCCCCAGAAAUGUGAUUACAUCACCAUCCCCAAACAAUGGAUGCUGGCAAAUUGAGCUCUGGACUAGUGAAUUUGCUACAUGGGAGUCAGUAAACCUCUCACGGAUUGGUGUUUUUAUGGACUGUGAGUUGGGAGAGGUUUCAUUCUACAAUUUGAAUAAUAGAUCGCUUUUGUAUACUUCCACUGUCACAUCUGUAGAAAAACUUAUUCCUUAUUUCUCUAUUGGACCGUCUUCUAAUUCUCUUGCAAUUAGUAUUGUCAGAAAUGAAUGAUGAACCUCCUGAGAUUUCAUUUUGUACGUUGUUAUAUUUUUUCCUGUG